CUCCGGAGAAGGAGGAGGUAGUGGCGGCCACAAGAUGGCGGCGUCGGGCGGCGUCGGCGCGGCGGAGCCGGGCUGGGAGGUGGCGGUGCGGCCGUUGCUCUCCGCCUCCUACUCGGCCUUCGAGCUGAAGGAGCUGCCGCAGCUGCUCGCCUCGGUCAUCGAGAGCGAAUCUGAAAUCCUGCACCACGACAAGCAAUACGAGCCCUUCUACUCCUCCUUCGUUGCACUCUCCACACAUUACAUCACGACUGUGUGUGGCCUAAUACCCAGGAACCAACUGCAGUCAGUGGCAGCUGCUUGUAAAGUCCUGAUUGAAUUCUCACUACUGCGACUUGAAAACCCAGAUGAGGCAUGUGCUGUUUCACAGAAACACCUGAUUCUGCUAAUCAAGGGGCUUUGCACUGGCUGUAGCCGCCUGGACAGAACUGAAAUCAUAACUUUCACAGCAAUGAUGAAAUCAGCCAAGCUGCCUCAGACUGUUAAAACCCUCUCUGAUGUGGAGGAUCAGAAGGAGCUGGCUUCCCCAGUGAGCCCUGAACUGCGACAGAAGGAGGUGCAGAUGAACUUCCUGAAUCAGUUGACAUCGGUGUUUAACCCUAGAGUGACAGCAUCACCAUCUCUUGCUCCAGAGACCCAGGUGGAAGGAGAAAGUGAGGAUCAAACAUCUACUGACCAAGCUUCUGCAGCAAAGACAAAAAGUAUCUUCAUUGCCCAGAAUGUAGCCAGUCUGCAAGAGCUAGGUGGCUCUGAAAAGCUGCUGAGGGUGUGCCUGAACCUCCCUUACUUUUUGCGCUACAUAAAUCGAUUUCAGGAUGCCGUGUCAGCCAACUCCUUUUUCAUUAUGCCAGCCACUGUAGCAGAUGCCACGGCAGUUCGCAAUGGGUUUCACUCGCUGGUGAUAGAUGUGACGAUGGCACUGGACACUCUGUCUCUUCCUGUAUUGGAGCCUCUCACUCCCACACGGCUGCAGGAUGUGACUGUUCUGGCCCUUAGCUGUCUCUAUGCAGGUGUGAGUGUGGCAACAUGCAUGGCCAUCCUACAUGUUGGCAGCACACAGCAAGUACGAACUGGGUCCACUAGUUCUAAGGAAGAAGAUUAUGAAAAUGAUGCUGCCACUAUUGUACAGAAAUGUCUUGAAAUCUAUGAAAUGAUUGGGCAGGCCAUCAGCAACUCACGCCGUGCAGGGGGGGAGCAUUACCAGAAUUUCCAGCUGCUUGGUGCUUGGUGUUUGCUAAACAGCCUCUUCCUCAUCUUGAACCUCAGUCCUACAGCCUUAGCCGAUAAAGGAAAGGAGAAAGACCCAUUGGCUGCUCUUCGUGUCAGAGACAUCAUUGCUCGAACAAAAGAGGGAGUUGGGUCUCCCAAACUAGGCCCUGGGAAAGGGCAUCAAGGGUUUGGUGUUCUGUCAGUGGUGCUAGCAAACCAUGCUAUCAAACUCCUAACAUCGCUCUUCCAGGAUCUGCAAGUGGAGGCACUACACAAGGGGUGGGAAACCGACGGGCCCCCAGCAGUGCUGAAUAUCAUGGCUCAGAGCACAUCAAUUCAAAGAAUUCAGCGGUUGAUCGAUUCUGUGCCUCUCACUAAUUUGCUGCUGACUUUGCUGUCCACUUCUUACAGAAAGGCUUGUGUCUUGCAGCGUCAGAGGAAGGGUUCCAUGAGCAGUGAUGCAAGCGCCUCCACUGAUUCUAAUACAUAUUACGAGGAUGACUUCAGCAGCACUGAGGAGGACAGCAGCCAGGAUGAUGACAGUGAACCCAUCCUCGGCCAGUGGUUUGAAGAGACAAUUUCUCCAAGAAAAGGGAAAGUGGCCCCUCCUCCACCCCCUCCACCACCCCCCCUGGAGAGUUCACCUAGAGUGAAAAGCCCCAACAAACAGACGACUGGGGAGAAUGGGAACAUUCUGGCCAGCCGCAAAGACCCAGAACUGUUUCUAAGCCUAGCUUCCAAUAUUCUGAACUUCAUCACCUCCUCCAUGCUGAACUCCAGGAACAAUUUCAUUCGCAACUACUUAAGUGUGUCUCUUUCCGAGCAGCACAUGGCCACACUGGCUAGCAUUAUCAAGGAAGUGGACAAAGAUGGGCUGAAGGGCACAUCAGAUGAAGAAUUUGCUGCUGCAUUGUAUCACUUCAACCAUUCCUUGGUGACCUCAGACCUUCAGUCCCCUACCUUGCAGAAUACACUUCUACAGCAGCUGGGAGUGGCCCCUUUCUCGGAAGGACCUUGGCCGUUGUACAUCCAUCCUCAGAGUCUGUCUGUACUUUCCCGCCUUCUCCUAAUCUGGCAGCAUAAAGCCAGUGCCCAGGGAGAUCCUGAUGUCCCAGAAUGCCUCAGAGUUUGGGAGAGGUUUGUGAGCACUUUAAAACAAAAUGCCCUGCAGGGGGCACUUCCCAAUGACACAGAAGACCUGAAUGUUGAGCACCUCCAGCUGCUCUUGCUUAUUUUCCACAACUUCUCCGAGAAAGGCCGCAGAUCUAUCUUGACCCUCUGUAUCCAGACCAUUCUGGACCUGACUGUAAAGAUGGAUUCCCAGUUGCAGUCUGUACCGCUAAUCCUAGCUCGUCUACUGCUGGUCUUCGACUACCUGCUUCAUCAGUAUUCCAAAGUUCCCAUGUACUUGUUUGAACAGGUGCAAUAUAAUCUGCUAACCCCACCCAUUGGCUGGGUCAGUGGAUCCCAGGAGAGUAGUAGACGAACUGCUAUCCCUAUCUACCAUGGAUUUAAAGAAGUGGAAGAAAACUGGACCAAACACUGCUCAUCAGAUGCAGUGCCACAGCCCAGGUUCUACUGCAUCCUGUCACCCGAAGCUUCUGAAGAUGACUUGAACCGCCUAGAUAACAUGGUUUGUGAGGUCCUGUUUUCUAGGAUCGUGAAAUAUGAUGAGCUUUAUGCGGCCCUGACUUCACUACUUGCAGCUGGAUCGCAGUUUGACACCCUCCGGAGGAAAGAAAACAAAAACGUCACAGCACUGGAGGCCUGUGCACUUCAGUACUACUUCUUGAUACUCUGGAGGAUCCUGGGGAUUUUGCCCCCUUCUAAAAACUACAUGAAUCAGCUGGCGAUGAACACGCCCGAUAUGAGUGAAUGUGAUAUCCUGCACACGCUGCGCUGGUCCUCCCGCUUGCGUAUCAUCUCCUAUGUUGUUUGGAUCAAGGAUCACUUGAUCAAACAAGGCAUGAAAGCUGAACAUGCUGCUUCUCUCAUUAAAUUGGCCUCCACUAAGUGCAGCUCAGUGAAAUAUGAUGUGGAAAUAGCAGAGGAAUACUUUGCUCGACAGAUUUCCUCUUUCUGUGGGAUUGACUGCACCACUAUUCUCCAGCUGCAUGAGAUUCCCAGUUUGCAGUCCAUUUACACCCUUGAUGCUGCCAUUUCCAAGAUCCAGGUUUCCCUGGAUGAACACUUCUCUAAGCUAGCUGCAGAAACUGACCCGCACAAAUCAUCAGAGAUAACCAAGAACCUGCUGCCUGCUACUCUGCAGCUUAUUGACACCUAUGCUACAUUCACCAGAUCUUAUUUGCUACGGAGCCUCUCUGAAGAAGGCUCAGCUGAGAACAAACCUUCUGAAGAGAAGCUGCGGGGUUAUGCUGCUGUCCUGGCUAUCGGAUCAAGCCGUUGCAAGUCAAAUACUCUGGGUCCAACACUUGUCCAGAACUUGCCACCAGCAGUACAGACCUUAUGCGAAUCCUGGAACAACAUUCAUACUAAUGAAUUUCCAAACAUUGGAUCAUGGCGCAACGCCUUUGCAAAUGACACAAUCCCAGCGGAAAGCUACAUCAGUGCGGUCCAGGCUGCUCACCUGGGCACCCUUUGCAGCCAGAGUCUACCUCUUGCAGCCUCCUUAAAACACACACUCCUUUCCUUGGUCAGACUCACUGGGGACCUCAUUGUCUGGUCGGAUGAAUUGAACCCACAGCAGGUGAUACAUACUCUAUUGCCCCUUCUCUUGGAGACCAGCACGGAAAGUGUGGCAGAGAUCAGCAGCAACUCCCUGGAAAGGGUCCUGGGGCCUGCAGAGUCAGAUGAGUUCCUGGCUCGUGUCUAUGAGAAAUUGAUCACGGGAUGUUACAACAUACUGGCUAAUCACUCCGAUCCCAACAGUGGCCUUGAUGAGUCUAUCUUGGAAGAGUGUUUGCAGCAUCUGGAGAAGCAGCUGGAGAGCAGCCAGGCUCGGAAAGCCAUGGAGGAAUUCUUUUCAGAGAGUGGAGAACUGGUCCAGAUCAUGAUGGCAACAGCCAAUGAGAACCUCUCAGCUAAAUUCUGCAACAGAGUCCUGAAAUUCUUCACCAAACUCUUCCAGCUGACUGAGAAGAGCCCUAACCCCAGCCUCUUAAGGCUCUGUGGUUCCUUGGCCCAGCUGGCUUGUGUGGAACCUGUACGUCUUCAGGCCUGGUUAACCAGGAUGACUAUGUCACCCCCAAAAGAUUCAGAUCAGCUGGAUGUUGUUCAAGAAAAUAGACAACUGCUGCAACUUCUAACAACGUACAUUGUUCGGGAGAACAGCCAAGUUGGAGAAGGCGUGUGCACUGUUCUGCUGAGUACCUUGAUACCGAUGGCAACAGAAAUGCUGGCCAAUGGUGAUGGAACGGGCUUUCCUGAACUGAUGGUUGUGAUGGCAACUCUAGCUAGUGCUGGGCAAGGCGCGGGCCAUCUCCAGCUUCACAGUGCUGCAGUCGAUUGGCUGAGCAGAUGCAAGAAAUACCUGUCUCAAAAGAAUGUUAUCGAAAAAAUGAAUGCUAAUGUCAUGCAGGGAAAGCACGUUACUAUUCUGGAGUGCACGUGCCAUAUUGUCUCUUAUUUGGCUGACGUCACCAAUGCACUGAGCCAGACCAGUGGCCAAGGACCCAGUCAUCUUUCAGUUGAUGGAGAAGAACGGGCCAUAGAGGUUGAUUCGGAUUGGGUAGAAGAGCUGGCCGUGGAGGAAGAAGACUCUCAAGCUGAAGACUCGGAUGAAGAUUCUCUCUGUAACAAACUCUGCACCUUCACCAUCACACAGAAAGAGUUCAUGAACCAACACUGGUACCAUUGUCACACUUGUAAGAUGGUGGAUGGCGUUGGUGUCUGCACAGUGUGCGCUAAAGUUUGCCACAAGGACCAUGAGAUUUCUUAUGCCAAAUAUGGUUCCUUCUUCUGUGACUGUGGAGCCAAGGAAGAUGGCAGUUGCCUGGCUCUGGUGAAGAGAACUCCCAGUAGUGGCAUGAGCUCCACCAUGAAGGAAUCUGCAUUCCAGAGUGAACCCAGAGUGCCUGAGAGUGUCAUCCGCCAUGCUACCACCUCCCCAGCAGAGAAAUCCAAGGUCACCAUCAGUGAGGGGAAGGGUCCGGAUGAAGAAAAGCCAAAGAAGAGCAGCCUGUGUAGAAAUGUUGAGGGCUGUCGAGAGGAGCUGCAAUCCCAGGCCAACUUCUCCUUUGCUCCUUUGGUGUUGGAGAUGCUGAACUUCCUAAUGGAGGCCAUUCAGAUUAACUUCCAGCAGGCUUCAGCCAUGGGAAGCAGCAGCCGGGCACAGCAAGCCCUGAAUGAGCUACAUGCUGUGGACAAGACGGUGGAGAUGACAGAUCAGUUGAUGGUCCCAACUCUUGGCUCUCAAGAAGGUGCCUUUGAGAAUGUCCGAAUGAAUUACAGUGGUGACCAGGGCCAGACAAUCCGACAGCUCAUCAGUGCUCAUGUGCUGAGGCGGGUAGCGAUGUGUGUGCUCUCCUCCCCUCAUGGGCGCCGCCAGCAUCUGGCUGUGAGUCAUGAGAAGGGCAAGAUUACGGUGUUACAGCUCUCAGCAUUGCUGAAACAAGCGGACUCCAGCAAAAGGAAACUGACUCUCACCCGCCUUGCCUCUGCACCAGUUCCCUUUACUGUGCUGAGCUUAACAGGAAAUCCUUGCAAGGAAGACUACCUUGCUGUGUGUGGACUGAAGGACUGCCAUGUGCUAACGUUCAGCAGCUCUGGGUCUGUCUCGGAUCAUUUGGUACUGCAUCCCCAGCUGGCCACAGGCAACUUCAUCAUCAAGGCUGUCUGGCUUCCUGGGUCUCAGACAGAGCUUGCUAUUGUAACUGCAGACUUUGUGAAGAUUUACGACCUUUCAGUAGACGCCUUGAGUCCAACCUUCUAUUUCCUUUUGCCAAGCUCCAAAAUCAGGGAUGUUACCUUUCUGUUCAACGAGGAGGGAAAGAACAUCAUAGUCAUCAUGUCCUCUGCUGGGUACAUCUACACACAGCUCAUGGAGGAGGCAAGCAGUGCCCAGCACGGACCGUUUUAUGUCACCAAUGUGCUUGAAGUCAGUCAUGAGGAUCUGAAGGACAGUAAUGGCCAGGUGGCAGGAGGUGGUGUGUCGGUGUAUUACUCCCAUGUCCUACAGAUGCUGUUCUUCAGUUAUUGCCAAGGCAAAUCCUUUGCAGCCACAAUCAGCAGGGCAACUUUGGAGGUGCAACGUCUUUUCCCGAUCAACAUUAAGAGUUCAAAUGGUGGAAGCAAGACCUCCCCAGCACUGUGUCAGUGGUCUGAGGUGAUGAACCAUCCCGGCUUGGUGUGCUGUGUUCAGCAGACCACAGGUGUUCCUCUGGUGGUCAUGGUGAAGCCAGACACUUUUCUCAUCCAGGAGAUUAAAACCCUGCCAGCUAAAGCAAAGAUCCAGGACAUGGUGGCCAUCCGUCACACAGCAUGUAAUGAGCAGCAGAGGACCACCAUGAUCCUCCUAUGUGAAGAUGGCAGCCUGAGGAUCUACAUGGCCAAUGUAGAGAACACAUCCUACUGGCUUCAGCCCUCUCUUCAGCCUAGCAGCGUCAUCAGCAUCAUGAAGCCAGUUCGCAAACGCAAAGCGGCUGCUAUUACGACUCGCACCUCCAGUCAGGUGAAUUUCCCCAUUGACUUCUUUGAACACAACCAGCAGCUCACAGAUGUGGAGUUUGGAGGCAAUGACCUAUUGCAGGUUUAUAAUGCCCAGCAGAUAAAGCACCGGCUCAAUUCCACUGGCAUGUAUGUGGCCAACACCAAGCCUGGCGGCUUCACCAUUGAAGUCACGAACAACAACAGUACAAUGGUAAUGACAGGCAUGCGGAUCCAGAUUGGCACCCAGGCGAUUGAGCGGGCUCCUUCCUACCUGGAGAUCUUUGGCCGCACCAUGCAGCUGAACAUGACCAGGGCUCGUUGGUUUGACUUCCCUUUCACUCGAGAAGAAGCCCUUCAAGCAGACAAAAAGCUAACCAUCUUCAUUGGGGCCUCUGUGGACCCUGCUGGAGUCACAAUGAUGGAUUCCAUCAAAAUUUAUGGCAAGACCAAAGAACAGUUUGGCUGGCCUGAUGAGCCCCCGGAGGAUUUCCCAUCUGCUUCAGUGAGCAAUGUUUGUCCCCCAAACCUCAAUCAGGGAAAUGGUACUGGAGAUACAGAAGCUGCUACACCUGCAACUGCCAGUGGGACUGUCCUGGAAAGUUCUGAAACUGAGUCCCUAACCACCCUGGACCGGCUAGUAGUGAGUUCUUUAGAAGCGCUGGAAAGCUGCUUUGCUGUAGGACCAGUCAACGAGAAGGAGAAAAAUAAGGCUGCAGCUCAGGAACUGGCUACAAUGCUCCUGUCCAUGCCAGCUCCUUCCAGCGUCCAGCAGCAGACCAAGAGCCUCCUGGCUAGCCUGCACACCAGCCGCUCAGCAUACCAUAACCACAAGGAUCAGGCCUUGCUAAGCAAAGCCAUUCAAUACUUGAGCUCCUCUAGCAAAGAAGGGAAGGAUCUUGACCCUGAAGUAUUUCAGAGGUUGGUCAUCACUGCUCGAUCCAUCGCUAUUAUGAGGCCAAACAACCUGGUUCAUUUCACAGAGUCGAAGUUGCCACAGUUGGAAGCAGAAGCAGGUGAAGAAGGGCAGGAAGCCCAGAAGCAUGCUGAAGGAGAUGGUUGUAGUUUUAUUACCCAGCUGGUCAACCACUUCUGGAAGCUACAUGCGUCAAAACCCAAAAAUGCCUUCCUGGCUCCUGCCUGCCUGCCAGGUCUGACUCACGUUGAAGCCACAGUCAAUGCUUUGGUGGAUAUUAUCCAUGGGUACUGCACAUGCGAACUGGAUUGUAUCAAUACUGCAUCCAAAAUCUACAUGCAGAUGUUACUCUGUCCUGAUCCAGCGGUGAGUUUUUCUUGCAAACAAGCUUUAAUCAGAGUACUGAGGCCAAGGAACAAACGGAGACAUGUGACUCUGCCAUCUUCUCCACGGAGUAACACUCCCAUGGAACAGGAGUGGAAUUUGGAUAGUAGUCCUGGGUCUCCCACACGGAGAAACGGAUAUGUUUGUGAAUGGUAUCUUUGUGGUCCAGGAGAUAAGGAUGAUGAUGACGACGAUGAUGCAGAAGACAAAAUGCAGACCUCGGGGAUAGCAAAUGGUGAGCAUAUUCGACAGGAAAGCCAGGAGCAAAGCGAGGUUGAUCAUGGGGACUUCGAGAUGGUGUCUGAGUCAAUGGUUCUGGAGACUUCUGAAAAUGUGAAUAAUGGCAACCCUUCUCCCCUGGAGGCUCUUCUGGCUGGAGCAGAGGGAUUCCCACCCAUGCUGGACAUUCCUCCAGAUGCAGAUGAUGAAACAAUGGUGGAACUGGCCAUCGCCCUAAGCCUGCAGCAAGACCAGCAAGGGAGCAGCAGCAGUGCACUUGGACUGCAGAGCUUGGGACUGUCUGGCCAAGCCCCCAGCUCUUCCUCUCUUGAUGCUGGAACUCUCUCUGACACCACAGCAUCAGCUCCAGCGUCGGAUGAUGAAGGCAGCACAGCUGCGACAGAUGGCUCUACUCUUCGGACUUCGCCAGCUGACCACGGUGGCAGCGUGGGCUCCGAGAGCGGGGGCAGCGCAGUGGACUCGGUGGCUGGCGAGCACAGUGUGUCUGGCCGCAGCAGCGCAUAUGGUGACACCACAGCUGAGGGCCACCCAGCUGGGCCUGGCAGUGUCAGCUCAAGUACUGGUGCUAUUAGCACCACUACAGGACAGCAGGAAGGGGAUGGCUCAGAAGGAGAAGGGGAAGGGGAAGCUGAGGGAGAUGUCCACACAAGCAACAGGCUGCACAUGGUCCGUUUGAUGCUGUUGGAGAGACUGCUGCAAAACCUCCCCCAGCUGCGCAACGUCGGAGGAGUCCGUGCCAUUCCUUACAUGCAGGUUAUUUUGAUGCUCACAACAGACCUAGAUGGAGAUGAUGAGAAGGACAAGGGUGCUUUGGAUAAUCUUCUGUCCCAGCUCAUUGCAGAACUGUGCAUGGACAAGAAGGACGUGUCCAAGAAGAAUGAACGCUCUCCCGUGAACGAAGUUCAUUUGGUAGUAAUGAGGUUGCUUAGUGUGUUCAUGUCCAGGACCAAGUCAGGAUCUAAAUCUUCCAUAUGCGAGUCCUCUUCCCUCAUCUCAAGUGCUACUGCGGCGGCAUUGCUGAGCUCUGGUGCUGUUGACUAUUGCCUGCACGUGCUGAAGUCUCUCCUGGAGUACUGGAAAAGCCAGCAGAAUGAUGAGGAGCCUGUAGCCACCAGUCAGCUGCUGAAACCCCACACCACCUCUUCCCCUCCUGACAUGAGCCCCUUUUUCCUCCGUCAGUAUGUGAAGGGUCACGCUGCAGAUGUUUUUGAGGCCUAUACUCAGCUGCUGACCGAGAUGGUGCUGCGUUUACCCUAUCAGAUCAAGAAGAUUGCUGACACCAACUCACGCAUCCCACCGCCCAUCUUUGAUCAUUCUUGGUUCUACUUCCUAUCUGAGUACCUGAUGAUCCAACAGACUCCAUUCGUACGCCGCCAAGUCCGCAAGCUUCUGCUCUUCAUCUGCGGCUCAAAGGAGAAGUACCGCCAGCUCCGGGACCUGCACACCUUGGAUUCUCAUGUCCGCGGAAUUAAAAAACUCCUGGAAGAACAAGGCAUUUACCUUCGGGCAAGUGUGGUCACUGCAAGCUCAGGCUCUGCUCUCCAGUAUGAUACACUAAUCAGCUUGAUGGAACACUUGAAGGCUUGUGCGGAGAUUGCCACACAGCGAACAGUGAACUGGCAGAAAUUCUGCAUUAAAGAUGACUCCGUACUCUAUUUUCUCCUUCAAGUCAGUUUCCUGGUAGAUGAAGGAGUGUCACCAGUUCUCCUGCAGCUCCUGUCUUGUGCUCUUUGUGGCAGCAAAGUGCUGUCUGUGGCCUCAUCCUCUGGAUCUAGCACCUCUUCCACCUCUGCUCCAGCAGCCUCUGGCUCUGGGCAGCCAGCAACACAGAGUAAAUCCUCCACCAAAAAGAGCAAAAAGGAAGAAAAGGAGAAAGAGCGAGAGGGUGAGAGUUCUGGCAGCCAAGAGGAUCAGCUGUGCACGGCUCUGGUGAACCAGCUGAACAAAUUUGCCGAUAAGGAAACGCUUAUUCAGUUCCUGCGCUGCUUCUUGCUGGAGUCCAACUCUUCCUCUGUGCGGUGGCAGGCCCACUGUCUGGCACUCCACAUCUACAGGAACUCUAACAAGUCUCAGCAAGAACUGCUCUUAGAUCUCAUGUGGUCAGUAUGGCCAGAACUUCCCGCAUAUGGGCGGAAGGCUGCCCAAUUUGUGGAUCUGCUGGGCUAUUUUUCUCUGAAGACGCAACAGACUGAGAAGAAGCUGAAGGAAUACUCCCAGAAGGCCGUCGAGAUUCUCCGAACCCAGAACCACAUCCUUACCAACCAUCCUAACUCCAACAUUUACAACACACUGUCUGGCCUGGUGGAGUUCGAUGGCUAUUACCUGGAGAGUGAUCCUUGCCUAGUCUGCAAUAACCCAGAAGUGCCAUUUUGUUACAUCAAGCUUUCCUCCAUCAAGGUAGACACCCGCUACACCACCACCCAGCAGGUCGUGAAGCUAAUUGGCAGCCACACCAUCAGCAAAGUGACGGUGAAGAUAGGAGAUCUAAAACGCACCAAAAUGGUCCGGACAAUCAACCUCUAUUACAAUAACAGGACAGUGCAGGCCAUAGUGGAAUUGAAAAACAAACCUGCUCGUUGGCACAAAGCCAAAAAAGUCCAGCUCACCCCAGGGCAGACGGAAGUGAAGAUUGAUUUGCCCCUGCCCAUUGUGGCUUCAAACCUAAUGAUUGAAUUUGCAGAUUUCUAUGAGAAUUACCAGGCCUCCACAGAAACCCUUCAGUGCCCUCGCUGCAGUGCGUCCGUCCCAGCCAACCCUGGCGUGUGUGGGAACUGUGGCGAGAACGUGUACCAGUGUCAUAAGUGCAGAUCCAUUAAUUAUGAUGAGAAAGAUCCUUUCCUGUGCAACGCCUGUGGGUUCUGUAAAUACGCUCGCUUUGACUUCAUGCUGUAUGCCAAGCCUUGCUGCGCGGUGGAUCCAAUAGAGAAUGAAGAGGAUCGGAAGAAGGCAGUAACGAAUAUUAACACUCUUCUGGACAAGGCUGACAGAGUGUAUCAUCAGCUAAUGGGACACCGACCACAGCUGGAAAACCUGCUGUGUAAAGUGAAUGAAGCAGCACCUGAAAAGCCACAGGAUGAGUCUGGUAGCAGCGGAGGGAUCAGCUCUACCUCAGCUAGUGUGAAUAGAUACAUCCUUCAGCUAGCCCAGGAGUACUGUGGUGACUGCAAAAACUCUUUUGAGGAGCUCUCCAAGAUCAUCCAGAAAGUUUUUGCUUCGAGAAAAGAGCUCUUGGAAUACGAUCUCCAGCAGAGAGAGGCAGCAACCAAGUCAUCCCGAACCACUGUUCAGCCCACGUUUACCGCCAGCCAGUAUCGAGCGCUGUCCGUCUUGGGCUGUGGUCAUACAUCUUCAACAAAAUGCUACGGCUGUGCUUCGGCCGUCACUGAGCACUGCAUCACCUUGCUCCGUGCUCUGGCAACCAACUCUGCCAUUCGGCACAUUCUUGUGUCCCAGGGCCUUAUCCGGGAGCUAUUUGACUACAAUUUACGUCGUGGAGCUGCCACGAUGAGAGAGGAAGUCCGUCAGCUCAUGUGCCUUCUAACCAGAGACAAUCCCGAGGCCACACAACAAAUGAAUGACCUAAUCAUUGGGAAGGUGUCUGCUGCUCUGAAAGGACAUUGGGCAAACCCAGAUCUGGCUAGCAGCCUCCAGUAUGAAAUGCUGCUGCUGACCGAUUCCAUCUCGAAGGAAGACAGCUGCUGGGAGCUGCGAUUGCGUUGUGCUCUCAGCCUCUUCUUGAUGGCAGUAAACAUUAAGACUCCAGUAGUAGUUGAGAACAUCACCCUCAUGUGCCUGCGAAUUCUGCAAAAACUGAUCAAACCUCCUGCUCCAACCAGCAAGAAAAACAAGGAUGUGCCUGUCAAUACUCUCACCACCGUUAAACCUUACAGCAAUGAAAUCCAUGCACAGGCUCAGCUGUGGCUCAAGAGGGACCCAAAGGCAUCAUAUGAAGCUUGGAAAAAAUGCCUCCCUGCUAGAGGUAUAGAGGCAAAUGGGAAAUCUCCCAGCAGAACAGAGCUGCACCAGCUCUACUUGUCCGAAAAGUACAUCUGGAAAUGGAAACAGUUCAUGAGUCGCCGUGGGAAGAGAACCUGCCCUCUGGAUCUCAAGCUGGGGCACAACAACUGGCUGCGACAGGUACUGUUUACUCCUGCAACCCAAGCUGCAAGGCAGGCUGCAUGCACUAUUGUAGAAGCUCUGGCCACCAUUCCCAGUCGGAAACAGCAGGUCCUUGAUCUCCUUACCAGCUACUUGGAUGAGCUGAGUAUUGCUGGGGAGUGUGCUGCUGAGUACCUGGGUCUGUAUCAGAAGCUCAUCAAGCCUGCACACUGGAAGGUCUACCUUGCAGCAAGAGGGGUUCUGCCCUACAUUGGUAACCUCAUCACAAAGGAAAUUGCCCGUUUACUUGCCCUGGAAGAAGCCACUCUCAGCACUGACCUGCAGCAGGGGUACGCCUUGAAGAGCCUCACAGGGCUCCUCUCUUCCUUCGUGGAGGUGGAGUCUAUCAAACGGCACUUCAAAAGCCGGCUGGUGGGCACGGUGUUGAAUGGCUACCUAUGCCUGAGAAAGCUGGUGGUGCAGAGAACGAAGCUGAUUGAUGAGACCCAGGAUAUGCUGCUGGAGAUGUUGGAAGAUAUGACAACAGGCACAGAAUCUGAAACGAAAGCCUUCAUGGCAGUGUGCAUCGAAACCGCUAAACGUUACAGCCUUGAUGACUACAGGACUCCUGUCUUCAUAUUUGAGAGACUUUGCAGUAUUAUCUACCCUGAAGAGAACGAAGUGACAGAGUUCUUUGUGACGCUGGAGAAGGAUCCCCAGCAGGAAGACUUCUUGCAGGGCAGGAUGCCAGGGAACCCCUACAGCAGUAAUGAGCCUGGCAUUGGGCCGCUCAUGAGAGACAUCAAGAACAAAAUCUGUCAAGAUUGUGACCUGGUGGCUUUGUUGGAGGAUGACAGUGGAAUGGAGCUUCUGGUGAACAAUAAGAUCAUCAGCUUGGAUCUACCAGUUGCUGAGGUCUACAAGAAGGUCUGGUGUCCCACUAAUGAGGGGGAGCCAAUGAGGAUCAUUUACCGCAUGCGAGGGUUGCUAGGAGAUGCGACUGAAGAAUUCAUCGAGUCUCUGGACUCCACUACAGAUGAAGAGGAAGACGAGGAAGAGGUUUAUAAAAUGGCGGGCGUGAUGGCUCAGUGUGGAGGCCUGGACUGCAUGCUGAACAGACUGACUGGAAUCAAGGAUUUCAAACAGGGUCGACACCUCUUAACAGUGCUGCUAAAGCUGUUCAGCUACUGCGUGAAGGUGAAAGUAAACCGUCAACAGCUGGUCAAGCCUGAGAUGAACACUUUGAAUGUCAUGCUGGGGACGCUGAAUCUGGCCCUGGUGGCUGAGCAGGAAAGCAAGGACAGCGGCGGAGCAGCUGUGGCAGAACAGGUGCUUAGUAUCAUGGAGAUUAUACUGGAUGAAUCCAAUGCAGAACCACUGAGUGAAGACAAGGGCAACCUCCUCCUGACUGGUGACAAGGAUCAGCUGGUAAUGCUGCUGGAUCAGAUAAACAGCACCUUUGUCCGCUCCAAUCUCAGCGUCUUGCAAGGCCUAUUACGCAUCAUCCCUUAUCUGUCCUUUGGGGAAAUGGAGAAAAUGCAGAUCCUGGUUGAUCGAUUCAAGCCCUAUUGUAACUUUGACAAGUACGAUGAAGAACACAGUGGAGACGAUAAAGUUUUCCUGGACUGUUUCUGUAAAAUAGCAGCUGGCAUAAAGAAUAACAGCAACGGCCAUCAAUUGAAAGAUCUCAUCCUCCAGAAGGGGAUUACUCAAAAUGCCCUUGACUACAUGAAAAAGCAUAUCCCUAGUGCAAAGAAUUUGGAUGCAGACAUAUGGAAGAAGUUCUUAUCUCGCCCUGCACUUCCCUUUAUCCUGAGGUUGCUUCGAGGGCUGGCCACACAGCACCCUGCCACACAGGCGCUAAUAGGUACGGACUCCAUUACAAACCUGCACAAACUUGAACAAGUGUCGAGCGAUGAAGGGAUUGGGACAUUAGCUGAGAACCUGCUGGAGGCACUAAGGGAACAUCCAGAAGUGAACAAGAAGAUAGACGCAGCCCGCAAGGAGACCCGUGCAGAGAAAAAGCGCAUGGCCAUGGCGAUGAGGCAGAAGGCUUUGGGCACAUUGGGCAUGACGACUAACGAGAAGGGCCAGGUGGUGACAAAGACCGCGCUCCUCAAACAGAUGGAGGAGCUAAUAGAAGAACCAGGACUGACCUGCUGUAUCUGCAGAGAAGGGUAUAAGUUUCAGCCUGCGAAGGUCCUGGGGAUUUACACUUUCACCAAGCGAGUUGCGCUGGAGGAGUUUGAGAACAAACCCCGCAAGCAGCAGGGCUACAGCACGGUCUCUCAUUUCAACAUUGUCCAUUACGACUGUCACCUUGCUGCUGUGAGACUAGCCCGUGGUCGGGAGGAGUGGGAGAGCGCAGCUCUACAAAAUGCCAACACCAAGUGCAAUGGGCUUCUCCCAGUCUGGGGGCCUCAUGUGCCGGAGUCUGCCUUCGCCACUUGCUUAGCCAGACACAACACGUACCUCCAGGAGUGCACGGGGCAGCGGGAACCCACCUACCAGCUCAACGUCCAUGACAUUAAGCUACUGUUUCUCCGCUUCGCUAUGGAGCAGUCAUUCAGUGUGGACACCGGAGGAGGAGGAAGGGAGAGCAACAUACACCUCAUUCCAUACAUAAUUCACACUGUGCUUUACGUCCUCAACACAACCCGAGCAACUUCCAGAGAGGAGAAAAACCUCCAGAGUUUUAUGGAGCAUCCCAAGGAGAAAUGGGUGGAGAGUGCCUACGAGGUGGAUGGGCCCCACUACUACACAGUUCUGGCCCUGCACAUCCUGCCCCCAGAGAAGUGGAAAGCCAUGCGGGUGGAGAUCCUGAAGAGGCUCUUGGUUACCUCGCACGCGCGUGCGGUGUCGCCAGGGGGAGCCAGCAGGCUGACAGAUAAGACAGUGAAGGAAUACUCAACAUAUCGCUCUGGCCUUCUCUUCUGGGCCCUCGUAGAUCUCAUUUACAACAUGUUCAAGAAGGUGCCUACCAGUAACACGGAGGGAGGCUGGUCCUACUCUCUGGCUGAAUUUAUACGACACAACGACAUGCCGAUACACGAAGCUGCAGACAAAGCCCUGAAAACCUUCCAGGAGGAGUUCAUGCCAGUUGAAACCUUUUCUGAAUUUCUGGAUGUGGCUGGACUCUUAACGGAAAUCAGCGACCCCGACAGCUUCCUCAAGGAUCUCUUGAACUCCAUCCCCUGAGCCUCCUGCACAGAUCAGCAGCAUGUUACGAUCUACAGUAGUUCUCCUCCCACCCUUUGUGUCCCUCCUCAUGCGGUCUUUCCUUCCCCUCAGGAGCACUGCAGGUUGUUUUUUGGGGGGGGGUUGUUUUUGUUGUUUUGUUUUUAUUUUCUACACCUUUGGGGGUGGGUUUCUUGCAGUGAUUUUGGGAUUUAGACUUGUUUUAUCUUGUAUUUCAAUGCUUCUCUCUGUAAAGCCUGUGUAUUCCAGGUGGUUGAAGGAACUUGUACAGACUGAGGAAUGCAAAGCACUCGAUCUUAACGCUUUAAUGUGCACCUCUGAAAUUCAAUAAAUUAAACAAACAGGCAAGCUGGGUCAGCCUAGUAUUUUAACCAGACAGCAGCGGCCUAAAUACCAGGCUCCUUUCGUUUCUUGUAUCUCUGAGCUGCUUCUAUCAUUGCAAUUCACUCGGAGUUCAGAGCAGAUUGCUCUCUUCAACCCGAAGCGUGACUAGGCAGCACGUGAGCAGGCUGGUAGCAGCUGAGGAAAUGGACUUACACGACAAACUGACUUUAUAAAACGGAUUCCUUUCUCUUGAAGCCCGAAGCCCAUGAAAUGCCAGUGCAGCAUGUUGCUUGAUCCCUUCCUAUUUAAAACAGAGUAGAGGGGUCACCGUUGCUCCUUUUUCUGCCUUUCAUGUGACUCCUCUCACUGAGCCUGCCAGUAUUUAAUAGAAGUGAUUGAUGCAUGUUGUGUAUCAAGAUCUUUCUAGGUUUCCAUUCUCUCUAGGGCUGUAUUCAAAACAAGACAGCACACUUAUGGGUUGGAGUAACUUACCGUUCUGGAAGAUGCUCCCCCUAAGGGGGUCGUUGAGGGAAAUGAGCCACUUUUGCAAUUCAGACCUCCUCCUUCCUACCUGGUAAAGUUUGGGUCCCUUGGGGCUCCUAUACACGUGCAGGGAGCCUGCUCGGAUGUGCUGUAAUUCCAGCCUUGAGUCUGCCGGAGCAUGGAAAUUAAUGUGCUCCAGCAGCAUCCAGCGUCACGUGCAUCGGUGUCCUCGCGCUGCAAAAUGGAGACAGGCGCUUUAAACUAAAGCUCAUUCAACCCCCCCACCUCCCGGAGCACGUGUAUAAACGCCCUUGGAGAAUAGAUCUGACGGGGUUCUCGAGGUGGCUGCCAGUCUGGUUGAUGGCACAUGGCAUUCUGUGGUGCAGCUCUGGCUUGAAUCCGGGCACAUGCUUGUUUGAAUACAGCCUUAGCUCUUUUCACCAAGUCAUGCAUGUUGGUAACUUACCUUUGCCAUCAACUCUGCUGUCCUGUAACCGGCCAAAGUCUGGUUCAUCUGGAACCCAAUAAAGCUUUCGUCAUCCU